GGGGGUUUGAGAUUCUUGAAAAGUGUCCACGUGGUUUGUGGAUGGUCCCUGAUGGUGAAAACCGUAAAAAAUCUCGAUUUUGCUCUUGGCGGGAAGGGGUUAAAAAAGUUAAAUUCUACGGAAUACUUCACCAGUUCAUGAAGUAACAAGUCCAUAAAAUAUCGUCUCGUGGAGAGUCCACUGUAAAAAGCGUUUCUCAUAAUGUCCUACAGAACAAUAUUGAAUCAAUUCUUCCUGUUAAUUGUAGAAAUAUUCAACAAAGCUCAUAAUCUGCGUGCGUUUCUGCUUCCCGAGAAAGUCUUGUGGAAAAAGUUUAAUUCAACGUAAGAUCAGUGCAGUCCAAACAAUAUCAACGUCCUGAAUGUUUUUUUUUUUUCUAACUAACGGAGAUGAUGAAUGCGAUGCAAUGGAUUGUUAUCAAAUCUCAUAUAAAUACCGUUUGGCUAGUUCUGUUUCACUACCUUCAAUCGGCAAAUUUGUUCAAACUCACGCAAGAUGUUGGUUCUGUUCGUGUGUUUCGCAAACACAUGCCGCUCACCGAUGGCCGAGGCCGUCCUAAAUCAUCUCCAAUCAAAGAAGCAACUGAACUGGACCGUAGACAGUGCCGGAACUUCGGACAUGAACGCCGGACGAUCUCCAAAUCCUAACACGUUUGCAGUGCUGCGAGAGCAUGGUCUCGGCUCGAGUCACGUGUCGCGGCAGGUGCGCGUGGAAGAUUUUUCAAACUUUGACUACAUCCUCGCGAUGGACGAGAGUAAUCUGAGUUAUUUGAAGCGGAUUGCGCCCGAAGGGUGUCGGGCGAAAGUGGAGCUGUUGGGGGAGUGGAUGGAUCCUUACGUGAGGAAUAGGUGUUUGUUUUAUUUGAAAUCCAAUCAAAGUGAUUUUUUUUUUGUUUUAGGAACAAGGCAUUGA